CCCGCCUGUUCGCGGCCUGGCGCCGAGCACCCCGGGAGCUGUAGUCCCUUCUCCCAGAGCCGAGGGCGGGGGACCCGCGCAGCAGGACUACGACUCCCGGGAGUGCACGGGAGCGAGGGCGGGGCAGGCCGGGGGCGGGGCGGGGACAGCUCCGGUGCUGAUCUCGACGCGGGUUUGCCGGCAGAGCCGGGGCGGGCGGCGGAGGCUGUUGGCGUGCGGGAACGAGCGGCAGCCGGCGGGCGGUGGGGCCGCGCCCGACGAUGAGGCACGAAGCGCCCAUGCAGAUGGCAUCCGUUCAAGACUCCAGAUAUGGCCAGAAAGAUACAUCUGACCAGAACUUUGAUUACAUGUUCAAACUGCUCAUUAUCGGCAACAGCAGUGUUGGAAAAACCUCCUUUUUGUUCCGAUAUGCUGAUGAUUCCUUUACAUCUGCAUUUGUAAGCACGGUUGGGAUCGAUUUCAAAGUAAAAACGGUUUUCAAAAAUGAAAAAAGAAUUAAGCUACAGAUUUGGGACACAGCAGGCCAGGAGAGGUACAGAACAAUUACCACAGCUUACUACCGGGGUGCAAUGGGCUUCAUUUUAAUGUAUGACAUCACAAAUGAAGACUCUUUCAAUGCUGUUCAGGAUUGGUCAACUCAAAUCAAAACGUACUCUUGGGAUAAUGCCCAGGUUAUUUUGGUUGGCAACAAAUGUGACAUGGAGGAUGAAAGGGUAAUCUUUGCUGAGAGGGGAAGACAUUUAGCGGAGCAGCUUGGAUUUGAAUUUUUUGAAACAAGUGCCAAGGAAAACAUUAAUGUCAAGCAGACGUUUGAGCGACUUGUGGAUAUCAUCUGUGACAAAAUGUCAGAAAGUCUGGAGACGAAUCCCACCAUUGCUGCCAGCAACCAGAACACACAGCUAAAGGACACCCCUCCUCCACAGCAGCCCAACUGCAGCUGCUAAUGCACCUAUCAGCAAAGGCAGCUCCAGAGUCUAGGAAGAAGAGUAACUGCAAAAUCUAAGGAAAACCACUGCUUCAAGUUUCUGAGGCAACUAACCUGCUAGGCCUCCACAUGUUUGGCCUUCUGCAUGAGAUGGGGUGGCUGGAGGAAGCAGCUAUCAGAGUAGUGUUGUUCCUUACAGUGCUAAAAAUGUGUUAAAAGGAAAAAGCUUAUCUGAAAUACAACAGCAGAGAAUGAGUCUGUAUCUAAAAUCUCCUCAACUAACACUCAGACGGUUGUCAUGGUUAGAUUAAUUUUUAAAAUGUUCAAAUAAAAUAUUUGGAGUUUUUCAAGAUAAGACUAAAACCCUAGGAAAAUCACUCAACCCUCUCAGCUGACACUGUUUUGAGUAGAAGGUUGGAAAGGAUGACCUGCUGUGGUCCCAUCAAACCAAAUUUAUCCUACCAAUACUUUCACUGCAAUUGAAAAUGUGUGGAAGUUCAAGCAGGCUUUUUCUUUUCAAACUGGGUUACCUACUGUCAGAAAAGUAGGCUCUCAUAUUCCAUCACAGGUUGGCUUUUGCAGUCACAUGCUUCAUGGCAAUAUUGAGUUUUCUGCUAUAAAGUUGGUCACAUUUAGAUCAUGAGCAUCAUGAUCUCAGUACCUCUCUCUAGUCGAACUUGCCUUUUGUAGAGAAACAAUAAAGACAGAAAACCUUUUGAGAUGUAACUUACCAAGCAUUCCUCAAAUAUUCCAAGAAUUCUGAGGGGACUAGCAGUGUUAGAAUUUUCAUUCUAUGUAAACUUAUUCCUUGGUCUUCUAUGGGAUAGAUUAUCCAACAGCAGCCUGUGUCAACCUGGUUCAGUUCCUCUUGACUACAGGAUAGAACUGCAGUUUUCUUAAAUUCAGGUAGGCUGAACAUUUUUGAAGAACCUGUCACAACUUGAUCAAGGGCCUAAAUUUAAACAAUCAAUACCUUGUUCUUCACAUAUAUCCAGUAGUCACUGAUUAUGAGUUCCUGGAGGAGACAAGCAGGUUUUGGUUAUAUCCCUGAUCUAUCCAGUGGAGUGGCACAAUUCCUUCACAUACCAGGCUACAAAGCACCAUAUUUUGUGAUGGAAGAGGGGAGGGCUCAGAUGAAAACUGGGAUAGCAGAAACAAAACUACUUUCAGCCUCAUCAUAAAUAUUAGUGAAAAAGUUCUUGCACACCUUUCAUUAAUUUGUACUUUCAACAUAGAAAUAAGAAUGAAUGUCACAGCAAAUCAUUGGUCCUGCCAUACAUACCCCCUUCAGCAGAAAUUUAUCACUUGGUGAAAUACAGCAGUUAAUACACAGAUUAUGUUAAAUUUCUGAGAGAUGAAAUGCCUUUGGGCAGAGAGUCCUGAGCUACAUAGUGCCAGCUGAAGCUGAACUAAUACUACACAAUCCUUUUUCCGAGUUAUGAUCCAGACUAAAGCUUAUAGCAGCUGGCUAAUCCUGUGCAUGGGCCAUGCACCAGCCUUAUCAUGCUCUGACAAUGUGCUGUUUUCUGCACCUUCAAGCUGCUGGUCAGGAAAUACCUUGGGAGCACCCAGGAACAUGGGGAUUGAGUGGUUCCUGCGGUGCCUCUGGCACCAACCUGCCAAAAAGCUAGCCAGCCCUGCUGGAUUGAAUAUUCAGAUGCAUGUUUUUGAUUAUUUUAAGAGUUCAUGUUCACAAGUUACAAGUGCAACUGACUUAAUACUGUGUCUGUUAUUUUUGGUGGUGGUGAUUAGUUUAUUUAGUCUUGUUCAUUUGGUGUUUUAAAUAAAUAUGAACUAGCCUAAUUUUCUGUCAAAAAAUACUCUUUCUCUCUGAACAGCUAUGUAAGUGACUGUUAACUGGAAUUCUUUGUUCCAUUGUGCUUAUACUUAAUGCAACACCUAGAGAAAUUACCUGAGGCCACAUCUAUGUGGCCUUUUCCAGAGCACCAGUCUGAAAGAUUUUUUUUUCCCAGUCUGCUCAGUUUCACUGUACCAUCUUCAUCUUCUUUAUUUUAGAAAUGAAGUGCUAUUUCAGGAUGCACAAAUUUUGCUGGAGUUUAAUCCUAACUUUGAGAAUGCAUUAAAUUUGCCAUUUUUAGGGGAAAAAAAGUAACAAAAAUUCUACAGUUGGUGGUUAUGCAUUUGUUUCUUCAGAGCAGACAAAUGAUGUUGCAAUUGCAUUCCAAGAGAAACCCCCUUACAAACUCCACCUCUCCAAAGCUACUGUUUUCUAUAUUUGUUUUUAGAGAAGAAAGUUUUAUUAUUUACAUUUUUACAGGCAUCAAUUAAAUUUCAUGUCUGAGAGACCGAUUCCUCCUUGGCCUGUUUCAUAUAGACUCACAAUGUAUGAGCCUAGUUCUUCUUUAGCAUGACAGAUUUAGCAAUGUGAGACCAUGAGUUUAAAGCCUCAUAGAUGCAUCCUCAGGGGGUUUAGCAACAUAUCUUCACCUAUACCAACAGGGGAAUAAUUUGCACCAUUGAUCCAUACAUUCUGACUCCAGAUUCUCCAAGGCUGAUCACUUGUCCAGUCUCAUUUAAAAAGGCAACAUAUUUCAAUUAUUUGAAUGAACUCUGCCAGUUUGAUUUAGGGGUAAAUGUAGCUCACCUUUGCAAAUUAAGUUUUCUCUUUUUUUUUUCCUUUUGUUUAUCCAUGGGUGUUCAGUGAAGCAGAAUUUGUGACUACGCACAUCUUAUAUGUACAUAUAUACAGUAGUACAUCUUUGAUACUCAUUCAUAUGUUCAGUGCCACUUUUCCAAAAUUUAUCCUUAAGUUGUCAUUAUUGCUGGAAAUCAAAUGUGUUACCAUUUGAAGACCAUAGGUUUAUUAACCAUGGUUCCAGCAGAGGUAGGUGGCUUGUCAUUUGUACAAUGAAGUACUUGGUAUCUGAUCUGGGGGGGAAGCAAAAGUCCUGAUUUUCCCAUAACUUCAUGUUCACCUAUAAAACACAAAUAUGAAACAUUGUUUACCACUUCUGGUGAUAAAUUUCCUCAAGUAAUUCUGACAUGUACCUGCAACUAGUGAUAUAUGAAAUGUUUGUGCUGUAACUCCUGUUUGGUAUUUUGUCAGUAAUGUCAGAUGUGUUGUGACUCAGUUGGAUCGUCACAAUGUGUAACCUAUAUACUAGCAUUCGUGUAUGUCAAAUGUCUUACAUGUUGCAUGAAAAAAAUGUUAUAAAAAUAGAUAUUUUUUCUAUUUUGGAAUACCUCAAGACUGAGGAAUCAUGGGCCAAUAAGUGCAAUAUUUAAUUAUUUACUCAGUGUAUAUAAACUUGUGUGAAAGGGAGAAGCAUCAUGUAUGUGUGAUAAGCUGUUGAUGAUGCCUGUGUGGCUUAAGAUUUCUAGUAAAUGUACACGUCUUGUAGAAAUAUUAUAUAGUAAACACUUUACGAGUGUAGUGUAAGAAUAUUCCUAAGUAACUUAAGCUAUUUUUCAUAUAUGAGACUAUGGUUAAAGAUAUUUGUAUGUUUAUUGCAAGUGCAUGUCAAUUUUACUUUUAGAGUUCUGAGUGUCUUUUUUUGAGAAUUGUCAUGUUACACCAACACUAGUGGGACAGGCCUUCUGUCAGAAAAUGCUUUAAACCAUUUAUAAACUGUCUGCCUAUAUUUUGUAAAGCAUGUUCUCUAGAAGCACUAAAAGAUCCUCUUAGAGCUCAGCAUUUAUGGUGAGUUAAUUAUUUAUUCUUAAAGAGUCAGUUACAUGCUGUGUCUGCCUCUAUUGCAUAAUAUCAUGUGGACAUGUUUUCUUUAAUCUGAUACAGUUAAUUCAUAAUACUUACCUGAAAUAAUAAAUAAGGGUACCCAAUAUUUUUGCAGAUGACUUGGCAGACUUUGGUUGGUGCCCUGGUUUAACAUGUUUGCAAACAGCUUCAAGGUCACAGUCAGCAGCACAGCAGAGUGGAAGGUGACCUUACUUGGUCACUUUUGACAAUUAAGUUUCUUAAGUUCUCUAGAUACUAAAGAUGGAAGAUACCUCCUUAAAGAUACUGACCCACAUUCUUCACUCCAUUUUUACAUGGCCUUCAAAGUUCAGCAUUUCCAGUAUUAGGAGUAAAGCUGAGGUACAAAUGGAAACAAAAUGCAAGCUAGAAUCUAACCCCGAAAUUAAAAGGAGACAUCCAAUAAUUUAUUUACUCCUACUUACUUGCAUAAUUCUAAUGGUUUUCUAAGAACAUGAGCAAGGCCAUCAAUACUCAGCAAAUGUACCCUUGGGUACAUUUGGGACCUUAAACCCUGAAUCACUGAUCUGCCAUGGGUUCCCAGCUGUGCCCAUAGAGCCUGCAGAAAAGCUCAUUCUGAUAAUUUUUGCUAAAUCUUCAGCUUCAAAGGCAUGUGUCAUCUGCAUUAGGAAUUUACUAAACAGAGACAGGUCACUGAGUCUGGGCCAUGGGGAAGAACUGGGGAAUUGGUUUUGCCAGACAAUUUUCCUAAAAAACAUAUAUUCAUUAGUGCCACGCUAAAAAGUACACAAGUAGAUUUUUAAUUUUAUUUGAUGCAUUUUUGUGACAAUAUAUGAGGUUGAAUAAGUUAUGGUUUUUUGUUGCUUUGUUUUGGUUUUUUUUUAAUUUGCUUGAUCUGGAAAAGAAUGAAAUUCUAAGGCCUACUGGAAACCAGUAUCAUGGGUUUCCUUUCUGAUGUCAUCAAACACAUUCUCUGAGAAAGCAAAGUAGCCAAAUUGCAUUAAGUAGCACAUGACAGUACUUGCAAUGACCUGAAAAGUCCUUAAAAAACUUUUUUUGUACCUAAUGCCAUUAAAACUUCUGCAAAUUUAUAUAGACCAGAGUGAAAUGAAAAUGUAUGUAGAUAGAAAUUUGGGAUUGCUUAAUAUAAAAAGGAAAUUAUUGGCAUCAUUGUUGCUGAGCAACAAAGUUAGAGUCAGAAUAUGAGGUACCACUGAAAUGGAAAUGUACAGCCUGCUACAGGACUCCCUAAACUUUUUAUUGUUAAGUGACCUGACAGUUCAAGGGCUGGCAGUUAAUUUUACCUAGUUUUUAUAAUUCCUCAUAGACAUGUGAUUACAUGCACGAAAAUAAAUGCAUUCCUUGAUAACAUGUAGCUGUUCUGGUUCUCUCAAACCAACGUGUUUGCUGAACUGUUCUUGAAUAAAAAUUGAAGUAUAUGUUUAGGAUACCUUUGUGAGGGGGUGAGACUCAAUCUGUGCCUUCUCCCCCGACUCUUACUGCAAUAUAGCUAGUGUGAUUUUAAAAAAUAGGUUAGCUAAAAUGCUGCUGGGUGAUAAAUUUUGUGAAUUUUCUCCAUAAAUCCAUGGAAGCUGUUGUCUGAAUGUUCAGUACAAGUUUUAUCCACAUGGAGAGUUUAAUUCUGUGCUGACGUAGCAACCAUGUGUAUUCCAUUGGAAAUUCUUUUUGUAUGUGACUUCUGUAUACCAAGUGGAUUUUGUUUGUUUGAUUUUUUGCUGAAAGUUUUUUUUUUUUUCCUUUUGCAGUCACAAUAAAUAUUCAAGAGACUAUAUUCAUUAAUAUCUCA